UAAUAUCAUCAUUAUAACAGAAUACUACAGCUUAUAUGUAAAUAUCAUGUCGCUGAAUUCUUCCUUAAUUUGAAAAAAGACAGAUAAAUGACAUGAAAAAAAUAUUUUCUAUAUUUUAAGUUGUCUAAGGGCGACUUAAAAAACGCCCCUGCCAGACAACUUUAUGCAUAUACUGUAUGUAUAAAGUUGUCAUAUAUGUAUAAAGUUGUCAACUUUAUACAUACAUAUGUAUAAAGUUGUCUGGUAGGGACAUGUUUGUUAUUGUGUUAUUUCUUUUUUGUUUCCUUUUUCAUUCUCCUUUUUUAAAAAAUCAUAUUUUUACUUCCCAGUGCCCAAGUAACUACAGUAAAUACACCACUUGUACACAGUAGAGUGGGUUAACAGGUCUUGAGGAGUACUAUGACAUGAAAUAGUUGCAUAGAGCCUUUUGCCUUUAGUGAUGUCACAUUAUGGGUAAUGUAGGCACAAUGUGUUGAAAAGGAGAAAUAAUGUGUUAAAUAAAAGUUUCCAUCUCUGAUUCACUUUAUUCAAAUCAGCACAACAUAAUUUCUUUCACUUUCUGUCAUCUCUUCAUGUGUAUCCUGAUUUAAAUGCCUGCUUCUACCUUUUCUUGGUUGAUGUAUUUACGUUCAUUUAUGUUCAUAUUUUUUUUUAUCGUGUCUGUGCCUUUAAAUAAACUGAGUGUAACUGAGAACUCACAAAAUCAUUGUGUGUCAGCAAACUUGGUCAACAGUUGAUUUGGCCUCUCUGGGCGUUCACACAACCACUGUGAAAUUUUUCCAAAUGACAUGCUGUUUAAUGCACUGUGACCUGCUCAGUGCUGUAGAAUACCAGUUUAACUGAAAUGCUUUGAACAACACCUCUGAAGAGUUUAACUAUGAAUACCACAGACAUAUAUUAAUGUCGCAUUAAAAGUAGACUUCACUCUAAAGAAAUUGGCAAAAUACAGAAAAUACAGCAUAUUAGGGUUUCACUGUAAUCCUGUAAAUAAAGGAACACCCUUAACAUUUUAUAACAUGGAAGGAAUUUACUGAAACAGGUUGUAAAAGCAUGUCCUCAGCAUGUUAGUCGUACACUACUGUCCUCUGGUGGGCUCUGUGGGAAAUACAGGAAUAACUCAUCUAGGCUGCAAAAUGUUGAAUUAAAGACCAGUGAACCAUCUUGCUAAACCAGUGUUUCAGUGGGACCCUCUGUCAGGCAUAUGUUAGAUGUUUUGCUGCUCCAGCAGACCUGAUUCAAAUGUAUGGGUUGUUGUCAGGCUUCAGCUGGUGGCUCAGUGGUUUGUAAUGCCACUAAAUCCCAAACACUGAGUAAAGAGGACUUGAAUCAGUUGUGACCAGACUCGUCAUGGUGGUGAUGUCCACUUCUACCAUCCAGUCUAUGUGAUGUAUGAGACUGAUCAUUUUAGCAGUCCCCACAUGGUUGUCAGCUAGGACACAUAGAUUAAUAUUCGAGCUUUAACAGACAAGGAGAGCAGCAUAUUUAUGAUGUGAUCAAGCUGUCAGUGCUCCGCAGGCUUUACUGAACAUGGGGUUUCACUUACUCUUAAGUUCUCAAGCUGUUGUACAGAGAGCAGGUGGCUUUAUGAAACAAUGCCACGGUCACUGUGAUGCUAUUAAUCUUUAACAUCAUUAGAGGAGAAGACAUCCACAGUGUCAUGUGAGAAACUGCACUUUACACUUUACCAGAGGAGACUGUCACACAACAUCAGACGAUGUGUUCACACACUCAAAGGAAGUCACGACUGCAUUCAGAAGGAUUUCUACAAGCUGACACAGGUUUAAAAUGUUAACCAGGUGGUUAAUGCUCACGGCAUUUCUGGCCGCCUCAGCCAAUCCAGAGAGAGCAGCUUUUACCGUUACACCAACCUGCAGGGUCAAAGGUCAUCCAGAGUUAGAGCUGACUUUAAACUGUGGAGACAGAGAGAACGCAGGUGUGGUCCAGUACUGGCACACCCCCUUUGGAGACCUCCAGAGUCCUGGUUCCCACAGUAAAUUGGACCCUGUCUUUAUGCACCAUGACGGGAGCCUGGUUCUCCACAACACCAGCACUCUCCACAGUGGCCUGUAUUACUGCCUCCUGCGGCACACAGAGGGAACAACGCUGUGGCCCUACCAGCUCCACGUCAGUCAUGACAAUAAGGAAUACAGCAAAUAUGAGCAGCACAGCAGCUGUGGUGCGUUCAGGUUCAGGAGGGAUGUCGGGUCUGAGGCAGAGAGGCAGGAAGGCAUCUCAGACGGGCAGUUUGCAGGAGCUGUGGCAGCUUCAGUGCUGCUGACAUUUGUGUUUGGCUUCAGCGCUGGAGCUCUGAGCAGGACGCAUGUUCUCAGGUGUUUAGGGGCAGUCACCACAAAGAUGCCGUCACCAUGGAAACGACGAUCCCGAGCUGACACACCAGACCAUGCUCCCACCGUCACCAUGACAACCCCGCCGGCCAUGUACGACAACCAGACCUUUGAGAUGGAACAAGUGGAGAUUUCAUCAACAAACUCACCUCCACCUCCAAAACCUCAGAGAAGCUUUAGGGACAAACGACGGGAGGAGCAGGAAACCACCACCUAUCUGGAGGGAUGUGACUACAAACAGGAGGAGGAGAGGGAAAAGGUGGAGGUGGCAGGAGGAAGUCUGGAGGAGAGGAAUAAUGGAAGUGUUGUAGAGGAGGAGGAAAGAGGAGAAGGUGGAGGGAGUCACACCGAAACAGAUGACGAAGAGAGCAGUGAGGAAGGAGAGAUGGAAAAUGGAGAGAGCAGGGAGGAAAUAACAAAAGAGAAAGAGGUGGAGGAGGAAGGAGAGCAGCAGAAUAAAAACAAGGAUGGAGAGUGGAGCAGAGGAGGUGAAGAGGUGGUGGAGAAAGGGAGCGAUGAGGACAGGGAAGAAGAGGAGGGGAAGAGGAAAGAGGAAGAUGGAGAGACAGGAAGUGACAAACAGGAAGACCCAGAACCAGCGACCUCCCCUCCCCGCCCGAGCCGUCGCAGCCGCGUCAUCCGCCUGUACCAGUAUGACGACGAUGGGCAGCGAUACUGCCACCUUCCAGACCCCACCCCUAACGAGCCAGGCCCCGCCCCCCGGCUCAAACAGCGCUCCCUCUCUCUGACACGCCUCAGCGCCAUCAUGACUGCUGCAUCAGCUGGGCCGCUGGACACAGAAGAGACAGGAAGGGAGGAGAGGACACACUUCCACAUGGAGAUAUGACGCACUGUUGAGGGGGGAAAAAGUCAGGAGUUUAAAAAGGGACAAUCCACCUGACAAAAACUUUGGAACAAGUUCCUGUUGUAUAAAAGUGUUUCUUCGAAGAAACAGAAGCUGUACAAAUCAGAAGCAGCCUGUCAUACUUUUAUUUCCUUUUUAUUACUGUGAAAACAUCUACAAACAAGACACAAAAUGGGAAAAAAUUAUUAUCAAGAAAACAUAAAUUCCACAGCUCUUCUCUCAGUUCUUUUUUUUUUGUUUGUUUUCUUAUUUUAAGAACUCUUCCUCCAAAUCAUUUUCUCCAAAUUAACACAAUAAAAACUCGACUCGGUGAGAGAAAGGCCUCCUGACCACAGUUGGCUGAUGAUGUACAGAGACAAUCUCUGAAGGGAUGUGGGUGUUCAAAGAGUCCGCAAGGAUGAUUCUGUAGUUUAUUAUUGAGUCGGUUGGAUGUGAAACUGCAGUUUUUUCCUUUUCAUGAAACGAUAAAGAGAUUCCUCCUGUGUCUGUGGCUUCACUUUUCUC